AUGGAGAAUUGGAAGCCAACCAGCGGCAAACUGGAUCAACGACGUCGCAGUGUUCUACUCACCGCCAUGGCGGGGCCUCUGUCCAAGGAAAGACACAUAAACAACUGCAUGCUCUAUCAAAAUGUCGGCGAGCUUCAGAAAAUUGUGCGUCAGUCGCAGACGGAGGCUUUGUCGUUGGAAAGGAUCUUCGCCAAGUACCACAAGGCGAUUGAGUUUUUCCGGCUGGACAACCGGCGCGAAGUCGCCGAACAGGAGCUCUCAGAGGUGAGAGAGGAAUUGCACAAACGGCAGGAACUGUGCGGAACGCUCCAGCAACAGUUGCUGAACACACUCGACAGCAAACACCAGCUCAAAUCGAAAUCGGAUUCCCUCGAAGACGAACUCAAUCAGCUUCGCCAAGUGCAUGAAGAUCUCAUCGGGCGGCAUGAGGCGUUGCGGUCCGAACGCGAACUGUUGCAAGGAACGCGCGAGGAACUUGAAUCUCGACUGGACAGGCUCAACCUGAAUGAGGAAGAGCUCCGACACCUGGUUCGAGGCCAACAGGACAAUAUCCGAUCACUAGAGAAGCAGUUGGAUACGAGCAAGAUGGCCUUCCAGGACGCGCGUAGAAAGAUCGAGAGUCUCGAAGAGCAGCUCCAAAUCGGGGAGGACCGGAAACGCUCCUUAGAACGUUUGCAUCACGAUGCCGUAGCGGAACUAAAACGCACCCAGAUGGAAUUCUCGAGAAGUUCACGAACUGGUGCUGAGAAUGAUCACCGUUCUCAACAGACUAUUCGUGGACUUGAGGCCAAGGUUCGUGACGCCAAAAGGAAACUCGACGAGGAGAGCGUCAAGAACGAAGAGUUGCAUCUGGAAAUCCAGAAUUUGCGGAAGAAGCAGAAUUGGAAAAAGAGGAGCUUUUCAGCCGAAGUGCACACGACAGUCGAACACGAACGUGAACAGCUAUAUCGUGAUGAUUACAUCGACAAACGAUCGUCGCCGCCCCACUCGACUCGGAAGGACUAUGCGCCCGCUUACCGGUCUUCUACAGUGACCUAUGGAAAAUCCGUGUCCGACGGAGACCCGAAGCGGCCGUUCGAUAGCGUGGGGCAACGCGGUUCGUCGUAUCGUUCCAUAGAAGAUCUUCCAGAACGCCCGCAGUCUGUGGUUGAGUUCCGAGAGCGUCGGAACUUCGAUGUGACAUCCGAUGCCGUCGGAGUCGGCGAUCGAUCGACGACCAACCGCUCGACGGAUGACCUAUACGCCACCGGCUCAUCCCGCUAUUCUGCCGGCCGUCGACACUUUGAUCCGGACAUUGAAAACCGAGAUUAUAAGCAUCAAUCCGGACAGAGAUUUCGCGACACAGACAGAACAUCGACGACCGAGAGUAGUCGGAAAAUAUCGGAUUCAUAUGGAAGCAGCGACGCUCAGGACGAGCACAAAUACUACUCCGACAAGAAGUCGAUCCGAGAAUUGGCACCCACUUUAAGAACUUCCAAUCGUCAAGAUCGAGAUCGUUCUCCGACGAAGGCCGAGGUGAGGUUCCUCGAUGAAGGACCCAUGCGUGGGGACAGAGACGUCGGUUCUGGUCUGUCGUCCAAGGCCAGCGGUCUCAAGACGUCCUCACGGCUCGACCGUCGUCAGGACAUCGAUCGAGAAACGAGGGAUAGAAGUGCCGGUCCGUUGACAGGAUCAUCUCUGAUGACGUCAGCAUCAGCACUAGGAUCAGCAUCUGGAACGACGACCACAAGAUUGGAUUCGACUUCGUCGUGGUCAGGCUCUCGGGCGCUCGGAACUAGUGAAGCAUCGUUCCAUGGACGAGAACAGCGAAAUCCCACGACGAAGUCCACCGAUAUCGUGGACGACAUCACGGGAACAACAACUUCCAGUCGCUACUCACAUCCAAGCGAGCGCCGCAGCGCUGAAAAUCUCUACCCGUUGCAGUCUGAGAAGGACGACGAACGAUCAGGGAGCAUGAGCAUGGGCCUAUCUCGAGGCAUGGAGCGGAGAAGCCACGAAGACCUGAGAGACCAGCCGAUGUUCAAGCCCCUAGACCACAAUAGAACGAGGUCGACCGAGUCGACGCAGGCCACAGGAGCCCCGACCUCGAUUCUUGCGCAGUCUACGCAUCAUUCUCAUCUUUCUUCGAGCAUGUCGUCUUCGUCACAGCCACUUCCGAGCAACGCGAAUGCCUCCGGUCUCAGCGGCAGCAUCGGCGGACUAGGAACUAUAACCAGUGGCGAACGCGGCGGCAGCAGCGGGGUUUUGAGCUCAUCGGCUAUCAGGCGCAAUGAUAUGCUGCGUCGUGAGGCUAUCGAGCGCGCCACACUGAAAAGUCCCUACGGCGGCGGACGAGCAAGCUCGCAACCUCGAGAUUAUCUCAUUGAGAAAGCCGAGUCUGAUUCGAGAGAAAGACGGUCGCAUCCUCGGGAGGACUUCCUCUCAGAUCAUCGGGAUAAGUCGCUCCACUCCAACCCGGCGUUCUCUAGUGAUUUUGCCUCGAAGUACCUUGGUUCUUCGACCGACGGACUCCUCGCCGAGAAACGCUUCAAGAAGAGCUCGUUGGCAAGCAGCGGACCCAAAGGUUGCGUGGACGACUUAUUCCUCGCAGAAGCCGAACGCCGCCUCUUUGGAACCUCAGAAAGAGAUCGUGUUUUUCUGGACUCCGAGAGGGAGCGUUUCGGUACAGGGAGAGAACGUUCGAGUUCCAGCCUGUCGCACGAUGAAAGGCGAUCGGCCAUGGAUCUCCGAGGUUACCCUGAUGAUGACGACGACCUAGCGCUCACUUUAUUAUCGAAGAGCACAGCACUAGAUGGUGUGGACCGCUCCCGUGAAUUCCGCGAACAAAUUCGCAUGUUGGACCGUAACUCGGCGUUCGAAAGACGCUACUUCCAGACAGCGGGUGAAGAGGGCCGGACGCUCGGUCCCUCGGCCGAUGGAACACUCGGCACACUAGCCAACUCACAGUUCCGGAGUGGCCGAUCUCUUCGACGAGGAACUUCGUUAGACUACAAAGACUUUAGUAACUCAGACGAGGACAGGCUUUUGAGUAAAAUCGAACAAGAUAACCGCCUUCUCGAAGAACUUGACCGCGCGAAACCGCGAACAUCAGAGAAAUCGUUAUCGCAAAAUUUGGAGCGUCCUCCUUCCGUGCGAUCUUCACGACGGCUGCUCCCUAAUAUAACACGGGAGCAACGGAGACGAUCGAUGUCAGAACACCAGCUGCUCGGGCGAAGCGGAUCAGUGGUUCCUCCGAACCUCCCGGAAAUUCUCGACGACAGAUUGGGGCCUGGCCAUCAAAGAGAAAUUCCAGUCGGCAGUGCAUCCUUCGUCGAGAUGAUGAGCCGAUCGGCUGCCGCCGCCGCCGCCACCGGCCACAAAUCGGCGUCGUACUCCAGCCUCGCAGCUCCAGGACAAAGUCUGCGCUUGUCGCCCAGGCUGUCGACGUCGACAACGCUAGGCGGCCGCAGCUUACUGGAUCCGAGACCUGUCAGUUCCCUCGGUGUGCCGACGAACGCGAGGGCGACGUUAUUCGGAGGAAUCGCGCAUGAUCGAUCGGUCAACAUUACGAACAGCAUCGAUGGAAGCUUGAACCACUCACAAGUCAUCCAUAGACCUCGAGCGGUCAAAAAAGCCCCGCAAACAGCUCAAUCCACUGAAAUGCCAUGCGGGGCCGCGGGCCAAGUCCCCAGCGCGCACACUGUGUCUUCGCAAGAGCUCGAGGGUCUCAUGAAGAAACUCGAGCAGGACAACAAGAUCCUCGCAGAACUGGACCGAAAACGUCUGCACAAAGACAGCUGUAGCACACAAGUUCACCUGCCAAACCAGCAGUCUACCCAGAACCACCUUCCGCAGCUGCCGUGCACGUGCGGAGUCACAGCCGAUCCCUCGCAUGGAACGACGCAAACCACUUGUUGUGCCUCACAGCAGGCGACUUCAUCGUGUCUCGUGACUUCGCACCGUUGCUGCGGUCAUGGGACAGCGACGCACCACUGCCAAACAAUGACGCCACCGCCCGGGGUCGGUCAUACUUGUGCUGUGGGCCCGACCACGGUUCGCUGUGCAUCCGUAGGGGCUGUUCUCCCCACUUGCUCAAUACAGCAGCAGGGCAUCAACACUUUGAGGACGCACACCCCUCUGGGAGCGACUGCUCUUCAACAGAACAAAUUUGUCCAGCACGCGAGCACGUUCCAACACGCCGUUAACACGCCCGACACCGCUCUGUCUUCAUAUAGCGCUAUGUCCCAGAAGGAAAUUUUCGAUGAUCUGGGCAUAGAUUCCGUGGAUUUCGUCGAUAUCCCCGGUCGAGGACGGUGUCGUGUAUACUUGGCACGUUACAGCUACGAUCCGUUCAAACAAUCUCCGAACGAGAAUCCCGAACUCGAAUUAUCCCUGUCGGCAGGGGAAUAUGUACUAAUUUUCGGCGAAAUCGACGACGACGGCUUUUAUAACGGAGAGUUAUUGGACGGUCAGCGAGGUCUGGUCCCUUCGAAUUUCAUCGACAAAUUGACAGGCGAAGACCUUUUCCAAUUCCAAACGACUGUAUUGUAUUGCUACCGAGACUCGGAUGAAAGCAGUGUAGCCGGUACGGCUUAUAUGACACCAGAUGAAGGUCAGUACGUGGUCGAUCCUCCACUGCGAAUCGCCCCAGAGGAUUAUCACCGGAUGAACGACUAUAUUGAUAUGGAGGAGGAUGAUGAGCCAGGAGGGGACGAGGAAAGUUUUACAGAGAUGGAUGGAGCGUUGCCACACUACCCUAGCGGAAGGCCUAAAACCGAUUUCACAGUACCCCCGCCUAUGCGCCUCGUCCUAGAACGUCAGCUGAACAAGUCCAUCCUGAUUGGCUGGCUACCCCCGGAAGUGGUGCUUGGCUCUCUAGAGAGCUAUCAGGUUUACGUGGACGGAGAACUGCGCGCAGUAGUUCGAGCAGGAGAGCGUACGCGAGCCUUAGUAGAAAAUGUCGAUUCGUCGAUCCCUCAUAGAGUAUCAGUUAGAUCCGUGCUGGUCAGUGGACACCACUCCAAGGAUGCAGCAUGCACGAUGGUCAUUGGUAAGAACAUACCUUUGGCCCCGAGUUUUGUGAAAGCGGCUAGCAUCACCUCCACUUCUGCCCUCAUCCGCUGGAUUCCGUCGAAUUCCAACUUUCAACACGUCGUCGCUGUGAAUAACGUCGACCUGAAAUUGGUGAAACCGGGUGUCUAUCGAUACUCGAUCACUGGCCUAUCACCAAACACUGUUUAUCGAGUUUCGGUCCGCGCGCGUCCAGGGAAACUUCUCAUCCAGAACACGAGAAAGUCCACCCUGGUCUGUGCCGUGGAAUUCCGUACACUGGCAAAAGGCAUUCCUGAUCCGCCGGUCGACGUUCGCGUCGAGCCCGGCCCCCAGGACGGCACCAUUCUCGUAACCUGGUUGCCUGUUCAUCAGAACAACAGUCUUGAUCAACCUGGUCUUCCAGUGAGUGGUUACGCAGUAUUCGCAUCAGGACGAAUGAUAACGCAGGUCGACAGUCCUUCAGGAGACCAUGCUCUACUAUCAUUGACUCAUCUGCUCAACUCGCGCACAUUGACUGUGCGCACGAAAGCAGAUACCUUGUUAUCGGCAGAUUCGCUGCCGUGUCAUAUUCCUGAAUUCGUUCUGAAGGGCAAGCGAGUACCAACAAGGGACGAACAAAUGCUGAUGGAAGAAUCUUACUCCGAAGCAGAAGUUUUGGACGAGUACGGUCGGAGAAUGCCGAGCGGAGUCAUGGGAGGCCGAAGACUGGUGGGAGCUCCUCAAGGGAGACUUCAACGCACAAGCCAGUAUGGUUCUUCCCCGCCGCAGGUCGCGGUGCGUCUGGGGCCCCGUGGUCCGAGGCGAAACUCCGCAGGACAGUUAGUACUUGAGCCCGAGGAAUGCCUUUCGGAUAAGGAAAUCUAUCCUAGGGUUUCGAAUCCGGCUAUGAGCAUGUCGGCAUCAGGAGCCGUGCCCGCAAUAGAAAUAACGAAGGAUCGAUCUGUGGGAGACAGUUAUUCUGAAGAAGAAUUCGAUAAGCACAAUGAACUCCGUCGGCCCGUUUCCCCUGGUCUCAGACGCGGGGUCCCUCGAGGGGGCCCGAGGUCACGCGGCGGCCGAUGGUUCAUGGCGUUGUUCGAUUACGAUCCAAUGACGAUGUCACCGAAUCCUGACGGAGCGCACGAAGAACUCCCAUUCAAAGAAGGUCAACUGAUCAAAAUUUUCGGUGACAAAGACGCCGACGGUUUUUAUCGUGGUGAAUUGGGCCACCUCAGCGGAUUGGUCCCCUGCAAUAUGGUGUCGGAAGUCCAAGGUCCCUUCGGAAAUCAGAUGAUCCCGGGUCAGCCCGCAGUUCUUCAGCUCAGCCAAGCGCACAAUAGAGGUCAGCAAAUCAGCGGCCAACGGAAGAAGAUGCUCGCUCUUUUCGACUACGACACAUCGGUUUCCCCGAAUGUCGACUCCGAGAUUGAGCUUUCGUUCCGCACGGGUGACAUUAUAAACAUCAUCGGUGAUAUGGACGAAGAUGGAUUUUACAUGGCAGAGCUGAACGGUGUCAGGGGACUCGUACCCUCGAACUUCCUCGCGGAAGUGCCACCGAAUUAUUCCGAACAAAGGAUGGGAGGUCAGCUGAUGCGUGGACCAAAUAGAGGACCCCCUCAGCACGGAGGGCAUCCGUCAUCACACCAAAUGCAAGCGCAUCAUCAGGACAUGCACGACAUGCACGGGAGGUCGCAUGAUCCGCGACACGAAGACCCGUAUUACGACACGGCCAUGAGGAGAGGCCCGCACGUCGCCAGGGAUGGUUACCCCUCGGCCGCAGGACCUCCGAAUCGUCAGCAAGAGUUUCACGGCGGACCGCCACCGCAGGACCAUCAUGGAAAUCACCAACCGGCUCGCCAACAAGAUUACCAUGGAGCCAUGCCUCCGAAUAGGCAACAGGACCACCAUGCUGGAUCUGUUCCCAAUCGACAGCAGCAAGACUACCACGGGGGCCCUCCGAACCGCCAGCAGGAUUACCACGAAGGCCUCGAGACUACGCUGGCGGCCCCCCGAAUCGUCAACAAGAUUAUCACCAAGGUCCGCCGGGGGGGAGAGGAGGGCCACAACAAGGGCAGGGACAGAUGCAGGGCUAUUCGAACGCCGGUCCGUCAAUGCAACAUCGAGAUUCGGGCUACGGUGACCCACGAGACGCGGGGCUCCGAUCACAAGGUCCUCGAGACUCUAUGCAAAGAAGCCAUGACACCCAUCGCGUGGAACCGCAUCAACCGCCUCAACCCCAGUGGUGAAUCGGAGGGGGCUAGUCUUUGUCAUCCAACAGCCGCGGACACUAAACUGCGAUGUGUCGCCCAGUCGCGCAAAUAUUGGUACACCAGACAAAGCAGAGAACGCUACGAUGAUGACCAUGAUAUUGGAUAUGUUCCGUUAGCGAAUGUCAUGGUCAUGAUGAUGAUGAUGAUGGUGAAUGUUUGCAUCAGUUAUCCGAGGGAACAGUCAGUUUAG